AUGAGUUAUUUUUUCUUGUUAGUCUUAAAGUGUCUCCCUCAUUUGAUUCUAUACAGGUGCCUACAGCAAGAAUAUGACUCCAGCCUGCCUACUGCUAGUGUCAUCAUCUGUUUCCAUGAUGAAGCCUGGUCUACUCUGCUGAGAACAGUGCACAGCAUUAUUAACACAGCCCCAAAGGCCUCCCUCAAGGAUAUCAUCCUAGUAGAUGACCUGAGCCAGCAAGGGCCCCUGAAGUCAGCUCUGAGUGAAUACAUCUCGAAGCUGGAUGGCGUGAAGCUGAUCCGGAGCAACAAGAGGCUUGGAGUCAUCCGAGGACGGAUGCUAGGAGCUGCACGGGCAACUGGAGAUGUGCUCGUCUUCAUGGAUUCACACUGCGAGUGUCAGAAGGGCUGGCUGGAGCCACUCCUGGCCAGGCUGUCCAGCAACCGCAACAGUGUCGUCUCCCCUAUCAUAGAUGUCAUAGACUGGAAGACUUUUCAGUACUAUCACUCUGUGAGUCUGCACCGAGGUGUUUUUGACUGGAAACUAGAUUUUCACUGGGAACCAGUGCCAGAGCAUGAAGAGAAGGUACGACAGUCUCCCACCAGCCCUAUCAGGAGUCCUGCAGUAGCUGGUGCAGUAGUUGCCAUGGAUCGACAUUACUUCCAAAACAUUGGAGCUUAUGAUUCUGACAUGACCAUGUGGGGAGCAGAAAAUCUAGAGCUAUCUAUAAGGACCUGGCUCUGUGGUGGCUCUGUAGAAAUCAUUCCAUGCUCCCGUGUUGGGCAUGUCUAUCGAAAUCAUAUUCCCCAUGCUUUCUCCUAUGAAGAGGCCAUUGUGAGGAACAAAAUCCGAAUAGCAGAGACUUGGCUGGGUUCUUUCAAAGAGAACUUCUACAAGAAUGACACAGUGGCUUUCCUAAUCAGCAAGGCAGAGAAACCAGACUGCAGUGAGCGCCUUCAGCUACAGAAGAGACUGGGCUGUAGAAGCUUCCAGUGGUUUAUAACAAAUGUGUAUCCUGAGCUCUCCCGGCCUGAAGACACACCAAGAUUAUCUGGCAAGCUUUACAAUACUGGUGCUGGCUUCUGUGCAGAUUACAGACCUGGAAGGGCCUCGGCAGAUGGCUCUAUCAAACUCUCUCCUUGCAGUAACAGCCUCACCCAGCACUUUGAAUAUAACAGCAUGAAGGAAAUCCGUCUUGGGUCUGUUCCACUGCUUUGCCUUGAUGUCAGACAUGGGAAGGUUAUCCCUCAAAACUGCACAAAGGAAAUAGAUAACAGUGAGCAGCACUGGGACGUCCAGGAGAAUGGAAUGAUUGUCCAUGUCCUUUCUGGCAAAUGCAUAGAAGCGGUGAAGAGUGAAGAUGAGAAGGACUUGUUUUUGUCCGUAUGUAACAAGAACACAAAUCAGCUGUGGCAAUUUGAACAUUCCCAAGGGCUACGUCAGAGAUAACUGCCAGGUCUGUGGGGAGAUCAAGUCUCCAAAAUCUAGCAUUACUUCUCUUUGGGAUUCAAGAUAUGAAUGUUUACUACAAGGAAAAGAAAGAUGUUUGUGUUUGCUGUAGCAUACAAGGAAGCUAGGAAGGUCCUCCUUCAAAAGCCUGGCUCAAACAGUUGCUGCUGGUUUCUGGCUUUUCAGCUCUAGCUAAAAUUUCCAUUAUUCUGUAUAAAUGGAAUAAAGAUACUGUGAGCAUCAAUAGGUUCUCAACUCUGCUACUGCAGAAAACAGUUCAGUUUACCAUUUGAAGGAAAUGUGGGAAACUGGCUGCCAGACAGCUUGUCUUCCAGCCUAAUCUGUGACAUCUGAGGAUAUAGGAAAAUGAAUGUUAGGGAAACACUUGAAACUGUAAGAGGACAUCAGCCAAACAGGAGGGGAAUGUAAUCUAGUUGUACAGUGCACUCGACUCAUAUGAAACAAAGUAGGUUUUAUAUGUAUUAAAGUAGUAGAUGCUUUCAUGUGUAAUAGCUAAAGUCUUGUUUUCCAGCCUGAGCCAGAUUUCUAUCACCCGUAAGACAGCACAAUUCAUAAAUUAGUACUUAAUUAGGCACUAACUGCUUUAAUUGCUUUGGAAUACCAACAGUCCGCAGAGUUUGGCACACUCUUCCUUAUAUCCUUCAUCCAGAGUCUAAUUGGAUGGGAUAAUUAGACUGAAUUAUUAACAACUUUUUUGGUUCAGUUUUCAUGAAAACUAAGAUCAACUCAUAGAAAAACUUUUGUGGAAUACAGAAGAAAACCAAAGCAGAUUUGAGAGUAGACUGGCAGCUCCUCUGCUUAUUGUGAAAUUGAAAGUACCAGUGACAUUCAUUUGUUCUUAUAAAGCUUUGGGAUGAGCUCAUUAUUACUGCAGUGACAAAAGUGCUGGUUGGAAAAAGCAAAAGAAAAGACAUGACAGGUUUCAACACUGGCUAUCUAGAAAGAAAAAAGAAAAUACUGAUGUCUGCUUCUACUCGCUUGCUGCCCACUGUACUAAGUAAGUCUUCUACACUGUGAGUUUUAGCCAUGAAGAUCUUUUUGAUUGUUGCUGUCAUGGGUCUCCCAGCUGAUCUGCAAAAGGUAACAACAUGCAUAAUUUUCUAAAGAAGCUUCUUCUGUAGUGCCUGCAUCCCCACUGACCUCUCGUCCCUCACAGAGGUGACUGAGAGUUCAUUUCAGGUAAUGACAAUGGUCUCAGUAUGCGCUGGCAAAGCAACUUCCAUCAGCAUUUUGUCAGGGCACUUGCAAUUUUGGAGUUAAAACAAACAAUGAUGACAAUUUCCAAGAGCUUUGUAGGACAGAAGAAUGAAGAUCUGGGAGUUUUCCCAUGUCGGCUCCACACCUGAUUUAUUGCAUAAAGCAAUCAUAUAUACACAUAUUUAUUAAGGGGAAAGGACAUUGUUAAUGAAACCUGAUGUUGAUUUUUUUUCAAGAGACAGAAAGAAAAUCGCUUUCUUAUAAAAUGUACAGCAUAUUGUGUGAGCUUCAGACAAAGGAAAGAACAAUACUCAGCUUAGAGUAUUCCAGUCACCAGCUCUUGGUUAACCAUAAUACGUCUGUUUCAAGCAUACAAAACUGACUACAACAGAAGACAUGAGCAGCAUCCUGUGUUAUGUUGUCCAAAAAAUUAGCCACUGAGGUCCCUGCUUGGCUUGAGUACU